AUGGGUACAAUGACUGCAUCUUCUCUCUCUAGAGAGGCAUCAAAUUAUGAUGAGGCUUCUAUGCAGCAGAGCUUGCUCUUCUCUGAUAGCCUGAAGGAUUUGAAGAAUUUGAGAACACAGCUAUACUCGGCUGCUGAGUAUUUUGAACUAUCCUACACGAAUGAUGACCAAAAACAGAUAGUGGUCGAAACAUUGAAAGAUUAUGCCAUCAAAGCUCUUGUGAACACAGUAGACCAUUUGGGUUCUGUGACAUACAAGGUUAAUGAUCUCUUGGAUGAGAAAGUUGAUGAAGUUUCUGGAACAGAGUUUCGUGUGUCUUGCAUUGGACAGAGAUUACGGACGUGUCAAGAGUACAUUGAUCAUGAGGGCAUCUCGCAACAGUCACUGGUGAUAGACACUCCAAAGUACCAUAAGCGGUACAUCUUGCCAGUCGGGGAGACUAUGCAUGGUGCUGUCCGCACUAAAUCAAAAUACCAAGGGUGCAGCCUAGAUGAUGAAGAUGAGUGGUAUCAAUUUAGAAAUGCUGUUCGAGCUACAAUUACAGAAACCCCAACAUCUUCUGCGAGGGAAACUCCGACAUCUUCUGUGAGGGAAACCCCUAUGUCUGCAGUGAAUUCAGUCAGAAGGGGGCGUUCCCCAUCACCUUCUGGACGACCUCCUCCACAGCGAUCUGCAACCUUUUCCUUUACAUCUACCAUGCCCAAAAAAGAAUCAGAGAAGCGAACCGUUUCACCACAUCGUUUUCCACUCUUGCGUUCUGGGUCUGUGUCAAGUAGGCCAACAACUCCAAAAACAAGUAGGCCUACCACUCCAAAAACAAGUAGGCCUACCACUCCAAGUUCUGCUCCUGCCAAAAAAAGGUACCCUUCAGAGCCUCGAAAAUCUGCAUCAAUGCGUCUCCAAGCUGAGAAGGAAAACAACAAAGAUGCAGAACAAUACCCCAGUAAAAGUAAGCGUCUUCUCAAAGCCUUACUUAGCCGGCGCAAAUCAAAGAAAGAUGACAUGCUAUACACUUACCUGGAUGAAUAUUGA